AUUCCACUUGUUCUCGUGCCUGUAAUCUGUGGACACAAGAAAGCAAGCGCUGGCACAACAGGAACAGCAGAAACGAUCGAUUGCUUUAGGGAGAUGAAUGAGGAGAGGAAAGCUACAGGACUGCCUGAGUUUAGGCAGGCAUCUGAAGAAACACAAGUGCUACUGGAACACCCUGAUUCUGGAAGAAAGAUAACAGCUGCAACUUUGUGGAGCGAGAUCUGUAAAAAACUAGCAGGGGAAGCAGGUGAUACCACUCAAGCCAAGCAGUUAGAGGGAACCUUCGCGUACUACUCCGGCAAAAAAGACUGCAAAGCAGCAGUGCAGCACUGGAAGGACGGGUUUUCGCUCUUCAAAAACGAACUGCCCCCAACAUACACGGCAUUGAAUGACCCUCAAAUAUACACCGACCAGGCUGUGUCCUUUGUCGCCCUCUAUAACCCCAAGGCGAGCCCCGUAGCCAGCUGCUCGUUUGUCACCUGCACAGGAGGAGCCGUGUUUGCUGCCCCAGACCUAUCAAAAAGCCACGAACGGCGGGCGGUAAGGAGACUUGAGGAAUUAGAGGCAGAUGCUACUGCCGUUAUAUGCUUGACGAAUCCGAAGGCGCUGACUACUGGAGCGGCGCCAUUCAAGGAAGAUGAAUGGCAGAAGAUUGUUCAUGCUAUAGUUGGUACUGAGGGGAGCAACGGGGUUUCCCCGGUUAGGCCACCAUUGGCAGUUGGAUUCAUCAUGAUGCUCUUUGCUAACGGUCUUUUUUAG